AUGCUCUCAAAUAAAGUCUUAUUCUUUGUGGCUAUUUUACAGGUUCAGGAGAAACCGAAGAUUGGCAGGUUUGGCAGGAGCGAUAAGAAGCACAACUCCGAGAAGUCAGAAGAAAAGGAGUUGAAAAAGAAGGAGAAGCAGCGGCUGGAAAAGGAGAAGAAGGAGCUGAAGGAGAAACAGGGGAGGGAGAGGAAAGAGCAGAAGGAGAGGGAGAAGAGGGAGCAUGAGAUGAAGAAAAAAUUCAAUAUCACAGGGCAGGAGGAAGCCAUGUAUCAGGCAAAAGUGAACGUAACCGCGAAGGGCCGCAGGAACGAUCUUCCAGUCAAGAGCGGAGACAUCAUCAGCAUCAUCCGAACGACCAAGUGCCCCAAAGGAAAGUGGCUGGCCAGGGACAGCAGCAACACCUAUGGAUACGUUUCUGUGGAACACUUGGAGCUGGACUUUAAGGAUAUGUUGGAGCUGGGGAAGAAGACUCCCCGCAACAGCACCGUCAUCGAGACGGAAACCACAGAUGGCAAGGCGCUGAAUAACUUCAGUCAUUCAGCAGAAAGCUUCUCAGAUGACAGUGAUGAGUGGACCUGUGAAGACGAACCGUUCUCGCCUGCUCCUCAAACCUCUGAGCAGUUACCAGGGGGCCACGCAAGGACUUUCUCCAUGCCAGAGACGGGAAACAGGGACGUCGCCACAAACCACCAGCACAGUCACAGUGACAUGUGUGACGACUCCCAGACCCAUGCAAGACAAGAAGCACUUCAAAAGUUGGCGACAUUUUUCAACUCAUCGAAAUCCGUGGAUCCAGCUCCAUUGGAACCCGAACCAGAAAGGAGCCCUACACCUGUGCCGGAAGAAGACGUUAGUGUGCAACAGGAAAGCUCCCCUCAGGAGACAGAGUUUGAUCCUUCAGUCGUCAUUUUACCUCCUCCUGACAUGUAUGCAGACUCUAUGGAUUCAUAACCCCACAGUGAGGUAAGGAGGAAUCAAACACGCUCUCUCUGUCCCUCUGCAUGUUAAAUAAUCUCCCACUUUGUUUUUUAACAGUCCACUAUAAAUCUCCCAGGCUAAGCGGGACCUCCCUAGUGUGACAAGUUGCUGCCAUUUGAUCCCUUCACAAAACCAGCACCUUCUUGACUUCAGCCUGACUUAUUAAGAACCGCAUGAAAAGGGCAAUACCCUCGUGAGUGAAACCAGCGUCCAAGCAGAUGGAUAUGUUAGCUCUGCUCCUUGAAGAGGUCGGUGGAAAGAUUCUGAACUUUGGACCAAGAUGGUAUCUCCUUUUCUUGGGAGAGUAAAUAUGAAAAGAUUGCAGACCUACAUGGACGGGACAAUACCAAAAACAACCACUCAAGGGGGGAGAAAAGGAAGGAUUUAAUCUAAAGUGUGUUCAGGAUGAAAUAACCUUCCUCUAGAGAGAAAGAGACGUGCAAACUUGGAAAAGUCCUACAAUCAAGAAAUCAGCUUUUCCUCAGAUCAGCCGCUAUGUGAACACAGAAGAAAGAAUCCAACCGGAGCCUGAAUAUUGGUCCAAGUCUACAAGAAGCAUCAGAAAUCUUAAAGGGUUUGCUGCAAGGGACUGAAUAUUUAAAAUAAGCUUAGGGAUAAAUAUAAUAUUAUUUCCCCCCAGUUGUAUUAACACACUAUUUUAUUUUAUUCUAUUUUUUAACAGAACUAUCAGGAGCUGGUCAGUUUUAUUUCCAUGUGUUUGCAUCACUAUUUUUUAUCUUUAUAGGGAUUUUUUUCUACUGUUUGUUAAUAUUGCUGACAACCUAUCUGGAUUGUUUAAGAGCAUGUUUCUACUGAUCUUGUGAUAUUUAAAUGAUCUGUGACAUAGAAAGUAAAAGGUUCUGUGAAGUUACCAGUAACCAAAAGCAGGAAGAUUGUGUGAGUUUUUAAAAAAGGGAAGAAAUCCAAAGAGCUGUGAAAGACUAACAAAUGAUGGAUAGUGUUUUUGGUUCGGGGUUUGGUCUUUAGGACUCAUUGCUCUGAAUGUUUUAGAGUUUUCCCUGCCUUAACACACCUGACUUUAAUAAAUCGAUACAAAACAGGCAAAUGAUAAAUGACCUUUACUUAUAGAGCGCUUUUUUUAAGUCAGAGGAUGUGGCCCAUUGAUCUCUAUUUAUUCACUGGAUUGCUGACAGUCAUUUGGUAGUAAAGGGUUAAAGUGAAUCCACCAGCAGCCAUAUUGGUACUCCCUUGUUAGACCGGUCGCAAUGUAAACAAUCUGUGCGCUACAGGAUUGAACAACGAUGAUGAUGUUCUCAUUUUCAGGGAGGCUUAAGACUUUUAAAAUAAAGAUAAAUUCAUCACUUUGACACAGACUGGCUGUUUCAUAGCAUCAGUAGAUUGAUUUAACCUAUAAUAAACAAAAUAGGC